AUGAAAAAAUUAUUGUCUACAACUAAGAGGCUUGUCAUGUGUCAUUUUUCAUCAAAAUUAUUGCUUGACUUAUGUCUUGGAAUCAUUGAAAGCGAUAAGGCUACGGCUUCUUCAAUUAUAGAUGAACAGAGGACCCAGAGACGGAACGAAAAGUUAUUAGAACUCCAAAGAGAGCUAGAUAGCCUGUAUUACGACGAAAAUCCAAAGCUGAUGUCUAAACUUUGUCAACUGGAUAAGGAUUGUCUUGCCCACCAAGAUAAUCUAAGAAGACUUGGCCAAAAACGACAAUAUGAGGAAAGAGAAGAUGAGAGGUACACCAUUGUUCUAUUUCCUUCCGUCCAAACAAAUGCUCUUUCGUUGGUGUUUUGGUUGUUCCUCUUUUUUCGAUCCUCUAAAAUUUUCAUAAUGAAGGUUGAAAUUGAGGAGGACUAUCAAAAUUCAUCCGAUUAUUGGAAAAAAGUUAGGAAUGUUAAUACAAUAAUAGACACAGAAAACAAGUUUAUUGAAAAGGUAGUACCUGACGAGGAGGGCACCAAGGAAGUGGCCUUAAGGAUAAACAACGACAAAUCGGUCUUAGCUAAUAAUGAUAAUGGUAUUAGAAUUGAGAAAGACAAUCUUCAAGAAUUUGACGCAAAUGGAGGGCUCGAGAAGGUACCUAAUUUAACGAACAAUGUUCCUAACCCUAAUAAUCUUUCGACGGAUCAAACCGCGCCAGUUGAAGCUAUUAUGAAGAAAGCUCGUGUUGCAGUUCGAACUCGGAGUCAAGCACCCGUGAUAAAUGAUGGAUGUUCAUGGCGAAAAUAUGGAGAAAAACUUCCAAAGGGUAGCCCCCAUCCAAGAGCCUAUCUACGGUGCACAAUGGUUAAGAAAUGUCAUGUACGCAAACAAUCGAAUCGGAAGGUUGAUGGACGCUGA